AUGAGUUUUGCAAUUAGCCGUGGCCCAUUGGCUGUACCUGAAGAAAAUGUGAGUACCAUAUUAGAUGGAAAUGCUACAUUCUAUACGGACGGUUUGAGUACACCACCUAGUUCACAUGGGAAGAAUAGUUCUGUCCAUUUUGAAGAAGCGUCAUAUACAUCGUCACCAUCAUCGAACGUGUUAUCGUCACUAGGUGGAGGCAUUCACGCUCUUGAUGUGGAGUUGUCGACACCAAAGACACCUCAAGGACAGGAGGAUGAAGUUCAUAAUCGAAGCGGCUUUUCGCUGCCUACAUUGUCACAGGGUCUGACAUAUGAUGGAGGCAGGAGUUAUCAGCAAUAUGUCCAAGGUCAAUUACAGCUGCCACCACUGUCACCUCAUACGCGUAGUGCUGGAAAAGCUGGUAGUCGAGGUCAAGGGAACAUGCCUACACGUAGCCAGACGCACGUGCAGCAACUGUCUAAGGAAUCGGCCAGGGAAUUGGCUAAGACAGCGAUCAGUAUGCGCUCGACUUCGAUUGGGGACUUUACAUUUGAGAACUUACAUGAGGUUGUAGGUAGCUGUUUACGGGAGAGUAUUCGACGCGUGACGGCCUAUUCGAGACGAGAAGCUCCACUGGACACGGAACUUCAUACGGUCGUAAGGGUCGGCCAUCGAAUGCGGAAAACCGAGCUGCGAUUCGACCCGGAGACGAUUGCAUGGUCAAGAGGCGGAAAGGUGCUUGGUGAAUUGUCGACGGAUGAUGUCGUAGGGGCGGAGAUUAUUGCUAAGAAUAAGGCGAGUACGUUCCGGGUACACUACUUUAAGAAGGGCCAUGGCACUGGAGCCAAGGCUUUGAUGCGUACACCUCAGUACGUGGACUUUCACUGUUUGGAGACAGAGGUGAUUGACAGUUGGGUCGGUGCCAUCCAGGAACUUGUACGCUGGCAGGCUCGUGCACCGCCAAUUGCAGAGAAACGGCGUUUAAAGGUAGUUGUGAACCCGCACUCGGGAAAACGACAGGCACGACGGAUCUGGGAGGAAAAGGUGAAGCCGUUUCUAGAUCUGGGCAACUUUGAGUGUAUCGUGGAAGAAACGACACAUUUUGGCCAUGGAGCCGAGAUGGGAAAAAGUUACUCGGCUGACGAUGGAUUUGAGGCUCUUGUCUUUAUUGGAGGCGAUGGCACUUUGUGCGAGUUUAUGAACGGACUGCUGACUCGUCCGGAGCAUGAAUGGCGUGAAAUUGUAGCAUCGACACCGAUCUCGCUGAUUUCUGCGGGUACGCAAAAUGCAUUCGGGUUAGGAGCCGGUAUCCCGACAGUGGAUGCAGCGCUUUACUGUAUCUUAAAGCGCAAAAUGCGCCCGCUGGAUGUCGUGACGGCUGUGUCUGCUGCCAACCCGGACGUGGUGCACUACAGCUACUGCGGCUUAGGCUGGGGCGUAGCAGGCGAUAUCGCGGCCGAGUCGGAACGCUAUCGUUGGAUGGGUACACUCCGAUAUGCUUUCCUGAAGGUGAAGCGCUCGGCUAUUUUGCCCAAAAAGCACACUGGUCGAGUUCGGUACGUGCUGACAGAGCCACAGCCACCGCUACUUCGGUACGACGACUACCCAGAUGCUGGUGCAUUGGACCAGUUUGAAGUGGAAGAAGGCACUGUGUACGAUACGGACCGUUUCAGCACACAUCGCAAGUCCUGGGCCGGCAUUGCCGGUAGCAUUUCAAGUCCAGCGAGCCACAAGCGAUAUCCCGAGUUUUUGUGGAAGGAAGACUGCAGCAAUUACGUGGUGGUGGGCGUUGUAAACAUCGCGCCUGAUGGUGCCUACUCGCACCCUUCGGAUGGCAAUAUGGACCUAAUACUUACCCGCAGGGGCAAUAUGAAGCGUACGAUGAAGCUGUUUGGGUUGUAUACUAUGGGUAAGGAGCUACAGAGUGAUUUGAUUUCGUACUUGAAGGUCAAAGCCGUCGUGAUUGAGCCUGAUCAUCCAACGGAUUGCAUGAACAUUGAUGGCGAAGUGCUGGAAGGUGGUCCCUGGCGUAUGGAAGUGGUGCCAAGUCUUUUUAAAGUACUAUCUGAGAAAUAA